AUGCCUCGCAUCGACACUGUCGACCUCGACAGUCGUUUUCAGGGAGAGUCCGAGCAGGGCAUAAACACAGGCACAUCAGAAGGGAUCCUCCGGCCAAUUCCAGAUGCAGACUUCGAACUUGUGGCCCUCGGAGAAGAUCCGACAAGGGGAGUCAAAGUCGGAGCAGACCUGUCGGAUCUGGCCAAAAGACAACUCCAAGCUUGCCUCCGCAAAAACGCCGACCUAUUCGACUGGAGCGCCGCCGAGAUGCCCGGGCUCGAUCCAGAAGUGGCUUGCCAUCACCUGACUAUCGACCCCGCUUGUAAGGCUAUCGCUCAGAGAAGAAGAAAACAAUCACCAGAGAAAAUGGUUGCGGCCGAACUAGCUGUAAAAGACCUCCUAGAGGCCAAAUUUCUAUCUGAGGCCAAGUACACCACUUGGCUGUCCAAUGUUGUACUUGUUAAAAAAUCUAAUGGAAAAUGGCGCAUGUCCACUGAUUACACCGAUCUUAAUAGGGCUUGCCCAAAAGAUGCUUACCCUCUGCCUAAUAUAGAUAACUAG